AUGAAUCCGGCCAGCAAGCCAACCACUUCCAGAUUCUCCCGCAACAACCACCCCAAACCGUCAACAGCCACCGCCGAAUAUAUCAUCUCUCCACAGCGAUCAAACGUUGCCACAGCCUCAACCAAGCUCUGUCCCUGUCUUGCUUGCAUCACUAUCUGGGACUUUCGUCUGUGGCAGUACUGGAACUCACCCUCCUCGUCCCCCGCUUACUACAAAAUAAUUGGUAUUGUCCUCGCCCUAGUCAGUGGCCUUUUCAUCGGCUCUAGCUUCGUCUUCAAAAAGAAAGGCCUUCUCGUCAGUCAACAGAAAGUUCUCGAAAAAGGCGGCGAAGCCGGGGAGAGUCAUGCUUACCUCAAAAGUCCAAUGUGGUGGUCCGGAAUGUCGUUAAUGAUCGUGGGUGAAAUUUGUAACUUUGUCGCUUAUGCUUUCGCCGAUGCCAUCCUAGUCACACCCAUGGGGGCUCUAUCAGUGGUCAUUUCAGCGGUCCUCUCGUCGAUUUUUUUGAAGGAACGGUUGAGCUUCUUUGGAAAAGUGGGCUGUUUUCUGUGUGUCUUAGGAGCGACAAUUAUCGCAGUCAAUGGGCCAAAGGACCAAGCCGUGUCAACAAUACCAGAGUUUGAAAGACUGUUCUUGGCCCCCGGCUUUCUUGUCUUCGCUUCUAUCAUCGUCGUCUCCGCGCUACUUUUAAUUUUUGUGGCUGCGCCGAGGUGGGGCAAGACGAACAUGCUGGUCUAUAUCUCGAUUUGUUCUAUUAUCGGUGGAUUGUCCGUCGUCGCUACUCAGGGCUUAGGUGCUUCAAUCAUCACAACCAUCAGAGGAGAGAGUCAAUUCAAAUACUGGUUCAUGUAUUUCUUGAUUGGAUUUGUUGUUUGUACUUUAUUGACUGAAAUCAACUACCUCAACAAAGCUCUCGAACUGUAUAAUACCGCCAUGGUCACCCCCACUUACUACGUCAUGUUCACAUUCUCGACUCUGCUUACCUCAAUCAUCUUGUUCCAAGGUCUUAAAGCACCCGUUGCGGAUAUUAUCACCCUGGUUCUCGGAUUUUUGGUUAUAUGCUGCGGGAUCACAUUGCUUCAAAUGUCCAAAGUGGAUCCGAUGGAAUUUGCAGGACUUGAUCCGAAGUCGGCGGUAUUUUUGGCUGCUGACAAAGAAGCAGAUACUGAAUCCGGUCUGGGUGCCGAAGAGCCCGGAGUGGACGGACUGAGGGGCUUUGGAGGCUUGAUCGGGUCAAUCCAUCGCAACACGUUGAUUGCCAGACAGUCGACUGUAAGCUCGUUGGCUGCACAAAGUGAACGAAAUUCCGUCCGUCGCCGGCGACAGGAGUCUUAUCUCAAAAGUUUCCAACAACGUAACCCAGAAAUUGGGAUGACCGGAAUGAAGAGACACACCCUCUGGGACCGUCCGGUUUCAGAUGAAAUCCUGGAAGAUCCCUCACAAAUUAACUCACCUCAGGGGAGUGUCUCUGAGCACGAGAAACGACGAAAGGGUUUGAAGAACAAAUGCUCAGGCGAGAGUGUGGCUGCAGUUGACCGUCGCCAUUCACAAUCAUCCAAUCAUGUCGCUUCACACCCCGGAAGCCUUCGGUCAGAAAAAAUCAGUACUGCUCAACCGAACACUGCAAAUCCACCCGGGGAGUCCGAAUCAGAUUCGAAGAUAAUCGAAUCUUCCUCUAGAAAGGGGCAGCCAAUAUCGACAGCCGGGAUUGGACAUGCUAAAGGGCUAUCAACUCUUUGUGAACAUCCUACCGGAGGGGGUCCAGGCGAGCCCAGCAGUUCGAAUUGGUCAUCCUCACCGAUCCUUCAAAGCACAUCCCCGCUAGUUCGGCCACGACAGGGGACGACAGACAGUCAGAACCCGCUGAGUCUGAUGAAAAGCGGCCUGCAAAACUCGCGCAGCUCGAGCACGACGACAGGGCCUGCGAGCGGAUACGAGCGAACGAGCCAUAAAUCGAAGGAGCGCCACCUGAUCGCGGGCAAGAAGAAGAUUGAGUACGACCAAACCGAACUCCAGAGCCUUGUUGGUCCUAGCCGGUCCUCCUCCAUCUCUUCCUCCCUCUCAUGUUCCUCCGACCUCUCCCAGUCUUUCGGCAUCGCCGAACAGACAAAUCCUAUCGAGGACUCUACCGGCCAGAUCCGUAUCGUCGCCACUCACCCCCAGCUUUCUGAACCCCCGCCCCAUCUAGACGUCGUCCAUCAUUACCCCACUUCUGACUCUCGUCCUCAUCACCAUCAGCGCCAGCGUCACGCGCCUGAUGAUCCUCUUAAUAAUCCAAACUGA